AUGGAUAAUUUAUAACAUUUCCUUAAUACAGGAAGUAAAUGGCUACAAUCUAAUAAGGACUUGCUUUAAAUCUACUAGGAAUUAAAAGAUAAAACAAGACAAUCAGUAGAAAAUUAAAAUAGUUAAGUAGCUGAAGAGGAAUAUUCUGAAUUUAUAUUUUCAAUUGUUCUUAGUCAUUUGAAAAAAAAGAUUUCAGCAGAAAAAUUAUUUUAGCUUUUUAAAUAAAUCAAAGAAAAAAGAGGAAUUGAUGAAUUAAAAGAAUUGUAUGAAAUGCUAUGGUUAGUUGGAGUUUUUUUAGAUGGCCUCAAUAAAUAAAUAGAUGAAAAAGAAUACUAAGAAAUGUAAUCUAUAUUUUCUUCGUUCUUGAAAAACAUAGGAGAAGGUCCUGAACAUUUAACAGACGAAGUUACACUUAUAGAUUCUUUUAGUGAACCUUAAGUAAAAAGCUUGGCUUACUUUGAUGAAAAAUAAUACAAUCAAAAAAGAAGGAAAUGGAAUACUAAAAUUUAUUUCUUUUAAACUAAAUACAAUCUUUUCUCUCAAUAAAACGAAGGAUAUUCUAAAUUAUUAGCAAUGCUUUUAAGUGUAGGAGAGAAAUUCAAUGCAACCCAUGUUUAUGAAGCAAUUUUAGAUCUUAUAGGGUAUUUUGAUCUUGAUCCUGAUAGAGUUGUUGAAUGCAUCCUUGAUUUUUACAUAUUCAAACCUCAUGUUUAAAGUUAUUAAGCUAUUCUUAGCCACUUUAAUUCUAAAUCAAUUACACAUUUUAUGGGAAAGAAAUUUGAAAUGUUUGCUACUUUACCCGAAAAAAGCAAUAAUAUUCACUUUAAAAAUGCUAUCUUAGUCACUGCACAACUAAUAAAAUGCUAAAUUAUUCAAAUUCCUUCAAUUCUCCCUUAUUUACUUCCAGCUGAUAAGGAAUUCCAAGAAAAGGCUUAAGAAACAAUAAAAAAUGCUGCAAAAUUUUACUCUGAAUCAUAUUCAGCAUAAAUUAUCAUCAAUGAUGAUGAAAUAAAAAAGAUUAAAGAAGAAGAAGAUAAAUAAACAAAUCUAACAUCUUCGUUUAUAGAUAAUCAAAAGUUAUGGUUGCUAGAUGGAUUAGUUAAGGUUAAUUCCUGGGUUUAUUUUAAUGAAUUAUUCAGUAUUUAUUACAGCUUUAUUGAUCUGAAGAUGCAUUAAUCACUUUUAGAUGGCUUACUGAUAUUGUUUGAGUGGGCUAUUGAUAAAGUCUAUUAAAAAAUAUCGCCUUCUUGCUUUAUUAAAAGAAAAGACUUUUAAAAUCCCUAUAGCAAGUAUUUUGAAAUUAGUUUACAAAAUUAAGAAUUAGUUCAACCACAAAAUUUAGUUGGUUGCAUUGAAAUAAUUAAUAAAAUGCUUAGAAUAAUUAAAGGCUACGUAGGAUGUAAUCCCUUACUUUAUUCUAAAGUGCUUCGUAUUUUUAGAUAUAUAAAGAACUUUAACAAGAGAUCUCUAGAAUCUCCUCAUCAUAUUAAAACUGAGCUGGACUCAGAAAUGAUAGAUGAAAAUGAAUUAAUCAAAAUGUAAGAUUUAGUUCAAGAACUUCUUGGAAAAUACAUGCUACCUGCACUUAAUAUAUUUGAAUGUAACCCUGGUGCAGUUAAUGAAUUUUGGAAUCUCUUCAAGGAGUAUGACUACAAAAUAAGAAUGAAAAUCUAUAUGGAGUGCCAUUUGGAGUACAUAUAUAGCUCAAGCUUUAUUCUUAUUAAACAAGGAAGAGCCAUCAGAGAAAUAAAAGAUAUUUUCAAUAAGUUUAAUUAAGAAAACAAAAAGUAAUACUCAAAGAAAAUAGUCAAAAUUGCCAAUAAUAACCCCUUUGUUAUCUAAAUUUUUAUUAUGAGAAGAAUCCUUUAACCAAAUUAUGAUAAUCUCAUACCUGAUAUAAUUGGUUCAUUCUAAUAUGGCACUGCCCUCUCAUAAGACAUAUUUAUAUACUUAAUUCUACAAUACAUUUAUGAUAAAAAAGACAAACCUAAUUCUAAUUCAUUUGAUAAAAAAUUUGAUGAAAAGAAUGGCAUGACAACUUGGUUCAAGCUAUCUUCUCUAUUUAUUUCUAACUUUUAUAAAAAGUUCCAUAAUGCUGAUAUGAUACCUAUCUUGAUGUACUUCCUAAACAGUUUUCAAGUUAGUUUAAAUAAAAACACAACUAAACCCCACUUUAAUGUUGCUAUUGAUCUUUAUAUUUUCAAAGACUUGAUUGCAAAAAUGUCUGGAUUUGCUCUUCCUAACACUCUCAGUGAAAACUAGUUAUAAGCUCUAGCAGGAGGAAUAAAUUUAUAGGUUUAAAGCUUGUAACUGACUGAAGAUGUAAGAAAAUGCAAAAAAAGCUAAAAAGCACUUGAAGCCUUUUUCUGGUAGAAAUCAUCGAAUUUCAAAGAUUUUGGUAUAAUAAAUGCACCAGAAGAUUGUUGCUUAGCGUAUUACUUCCUUCUUCUCUUAGGUUAAGAAAAAGCCAAGUUUUAUGACAAUUAUAAUUAUUUAGAACUCAAAACUAUGGAAUCAUUUUCUGACAUGGUUACUGAUUCAUUAAAUUUGUUAAUAUUUUUCUUAAGAUUUUAGUGCUAAGAUUAUAAUUAAUAUGCCAGUCUUAUGAGCCCUAAGGCACUCAGAGAAUUAGUACUUAAAUAUAUGAUUCCUAUUGAGAUUGCAUUUUAGAUAACUAGACCUGGAUUUAAACCUCUUUCCAUACCAACCAAAUAAGAGCAAUAAGAAAUAUUCACUGAAAUUUAGCAAGUAUAUGAUUCAAUCAAAUAUCCAGAUAGAUUAAUAGUGAGACCAUUUACUGAUGAUAUGGAGGAUGAAGAAGAGCAAGAUCAAUAAACCAAAGACCAGAGAAACUAAAUAGCAAAGUAUGAAGAAAAUUGCCAUAAAAAAAUUUGGACUUUAAUAAAGCCAUAGCUUUACUCAAUUUUCUGGUUACUAAGUUUAGAAAAUAUAAGCGUAAAUAAAGAUGGGUACAAAUUUUAGAUCGAAGCUCUGAAAAAAAAUAUAUAAGAAAAAUAAAGUGAUAAAAAUAAGAAAGAUAAGGAAAAGAAAGAAUUGAAAGAUUUAGAAAGUCUUGUAAAGAAAUUGGAAGAAGAGGAACAAAAGCAAACUAAAUUAAUUGCUAAAUAUGAAUCUUACCUUCAAUCAAUUAAAGAAGAUAUAGCACUUCCCAAGUCAAGAGAUUAAAUUGAAGCAGUUAUUUCAGAAUUGUGUACAAGCUGUAUGUUACCUCGUCUUUUAAUUGAAUAGGCUGAAGCACUUUAUUGCUCAAGAUUUUUGCUUCUUUUAUUCAGAAUAAAUUAAUCGAAUUUGAAUGACUCUGUGAGAUCAAUUAGAUAGGCUGUCACUAAAAUAUUACCCUUUUUACAAAACGCUACUGAAAAAGAAGCUAUUAAUAUUUCUUAUUUCGUUAAUGAUAUCUUUAAACCAUUCUCAAAUUAUUUGGAAGGUCCUGAAAAAUUGCAGGAAUCUUUAAAGACACAUAUUCACUCUUAAAUUAUUAAUGAAAAAUACAGCUAUGAUAAAUAUAGUAACUAUAUUCAUAGCAAUAUUAUUGAUGAAGUUUUUAAGAUUGCACAACAAAUUACUAAAAAUGAAUCUCAAGUUAGAAAUAUCCUAAUAUUGCUUAAUUAGAUCAAAGAAAUAUUCCCCAAAACAAGGUAGUAAGGUCAAGAAUGCAAAAAAUUAAUGGAAUAACUCCUUGAAAAGUAUCCUAAAGAGUAAUAUAAAAGUGUAGGCACGAAAAUAGAUGUUUAUUACAAGCUUGUAACAAAUUUAAAGAACUUACCUGAAGCUCCUGUCAAGAGCAACGAUAGAGAUAAGAAAUAGUCUAAUUAACAAAGAUCAGUUGAAAGACCUGUUAGAAAAGAAAACAAGGAUAAGGAUAAAGACAAAGACAAAAGCAGAGAAAGGUCGACUGAUAGAAAUAAAGAUAAAAAGGAAGAUAGGUACAAGAAAGACCAAAAAAGAUGA